AUGAUGAUGGAUGGUAAUAAUUAUAUGGAGCAAGAAGAGGAGUGGGAACGAGAAGGAUUAUUAGAUCCAGCAUGGGAGAAACAACAGCGAAAGACUUUUACUGCAUGGUGUAAUUCCCACUUACGAAAAGCGGGUACUCAAAUUGAGAACAUUGAAGAAGAUUUUCGAAAUGGAUUAAAACUUAUGUUACUGUUAGAGGUCAUAUCCAGUGAAACAUUGCCAAAGCCUGACAGGGGAAAGAUGAGGUUUCAUCACAUUGCCAAUGUCAAUAAGGCCUUAGAUUUUAUAGCUAGUAAAGGUGUCAAAUUAGUUUCCAUUGGUGCUGAAGAAAUUGUUGAUGGAAAUGUAAAAAUGACCCUCGGGCUCAUAUGGACCAUCAUUCUUAGGUUUGCUAUUCAAGAUAUCUCUGUUGAAGAGAUGACAGCCAAAGAAGGCUUGUUAUUAUGGUGCCAAAGAAAAACACAGCCUUAUAAAAAUGUUAAUGUACAGAAUUUCCAUUUGAGUUGGAAGGAUGGUCUUGCUUUCUGCGCUCUCAUUCACAGGCACAGACCUGAUUUGUUAGAUUAUAGCAAAUUGACAAAGGAUAACCCUAUUCAUAACUUGAAUCUUGCCUUUGAUGUUGCUGAAAAAUAUCUCAAUAUCCCCAGAAUGUUAGAUCCUGAAGACAUGGUCAACACUCCCAAGCCAGACGAACGUGCAGUCAUGACUUAUGUUUCUUGUUUCUAUCAUGCGUUCCAGGGAGCGCAGCAGGCAGAAACUGCUGCUAAUCGUAUCUGUAAAGUAUUGAAAGUUAACCAGGAGAAUGAGAGGUUAAUGGAAGAAUAUGAGCGAUUAGCUAGUGAUCUGUUGGAGUGGAUCCGUAGGACAACUCCAUGGCUGGAAAACAGAACGACAGAUAACACUCUUGUUGGUGUACAUAAGAAAUUAGAUGAGUUCAGAAAUUACCGUAGAGUACACAAGCCCCCACGUGUGGAGCAAAAGGCUAGGUUAGAAACCAACUUCAACACACUACAGACAAAACUUCGUCUUAGCAACAGACCAGCUUAUUUGCCAUCUGAAGGCAAAAUGGUUUCUGAUAUCGCCAAUGCAUGGAAGGGACUGGAAAUGGCAGAAAAAGGUUUUGAAGAAUGGUUGUUGUCAGAAAUGAUGAGAUUAGAGCGUCUGGACCAUUUAGCUCAGAAAUUUAAACACAAAGCUGACAUUCAUGAAGACUGGACUCAUGGGAAAGAAGAAAUGCUUCAAAGCCAAGACUUCAGGAAUUGUAAAUUGAAUGAAUUGAAGGCUUUGAAAAAGAAGCAUGAAGCUUUUGAAAGUGAUUUGGCUGCACAUCAAGAUCGUGUAGAACAAAUUGCUGCGAUUGCUCAGGAGCUUAAUGCCUUAGAUUACCACGAUGCUGCUUCAGUCAAUGCAAGAUGUCAGAGGAUUUGUGAUCAGUGGGACAGACUCGGAACUCUGACACAGAAACGGAGAAGUGCUCUUGAAGAAGCAGAACGAGUGCUCGAAAAGAUUGAUACUUUACAUCUGGAAUUCGCAAAGAGAGCUGCACCCUUCAAUAAUUGGUUAGAUGGAGCAAGAGAGGACUUGGUUGACAUGUUCAUUGUUCACACAAUGGAGGAGAUCCAAGGAUUAAUAGAUGCCCAUGAGCAGUUCAAACAGACCCUUGGAGAAGCAGACAAAGAACAUAAAUCUAUCAUUGCAUUGUCUCAAGAAGUACAGACAAUAGCAACCCAGUGCCAGAUACCUGGAGGAAUCGAAAACCCUUAUACUACAUUAACAGCUAUUGAUAUAACUACAAAGUGGAGUGAUGUAAAGCAAAUGAUUCCCAAGAGGGAUCAAGUAUUACAAACUGAGCUUAUGCGCCAGCAAUCUAACGAAAGGUUACGUCGCAAGUUUGCCGACAAAGCUAAUGCCGUUGGCCCCUGGAUCGAGAGACAGAUGGAUUCCGUGGCAGCUAUUGGUAUGGGAAUGCAAGGCAGUCUGGAGGACCAACUUAAUAAACUCAGGCAAUUUGAAACAGGAGUUGUUCAAUACAGACCUCACAUGGAUGAACUUGAAAAGUGCCAUCAGGAAAUACAAGAAGCCAUGAUCUUUGAAAAUAGAUACACUCAGUACACCAUGGAAACUCUUCGUGUCGGCUGGGAGCAGCUUUUGACUUCGAUCCACCGUAACAUCAAUGAAGUUGAAAACCAGAUUCUAACUCGAGAUUCUAAAGGCAUUACUGGUGAGCAACUGAAUGAAUUCAGGAUGUCAUUCAAUCACUUCGAUAAAAACAGAACAGGCCGUCUAGCUCCCGAAGAGUUCAAAUCUUGUCUAGUCAGUUUAGGAUAUAAUAUUCGUAAUGACAGACAGGGAGAAGCAGACUUCCGUAGGAUCAUGAGUGUUGUAGAUCCUAAUAAUACUGGCUAUGUACAUUUUGAUGCUUUCUUGGACUUCAUGACAAGAGAAAGUACAGAUUCUGAUACAGCUGAACAAAUAAUUGAUUCCUUCAGAAUUUUGGCUGGAGAUAAGCCUUAUAUCACUGCAGAAGAGUUGCGCAGGGAAUUACCUCCCGACCAAGCCGAGUACUGCAUCCAGCGCAUGGGACCGUACAAGGGACCUGGAGCUAUUCCCGGAGCUCUGGACUACAUGUCCUUCUCUACGGCACUGUAUGGGGAGAGCGAUCUCUAGAAUGGUUGAAACGGCCUCUUUUCGAGCUGGACUUUGUGUAGCUUUCGCCUGAUUGAGAUUCAACCAACAUUAGCAGUCUAAUACUUAGCACUAUAUUUAAAGAAAAAGAAGGAACUUUGUUGAUUGUUUUCCUUUCUGAGGAUGUUAUAUUAUUUUAAGGUCACAAUCAUUUUGUAAAUGGUACAAAUUACAUUGCAAGAAUUAUGUUGUGUAAUUCUAUAAUUUAUUUAUAACAAAUUAAUUUUUUGGCAUUUUCUUAUCAUUUUAAUUAGGAUGUGAAUAAUAGUAUGAGAUUGUGUGAUGUUGGUGUGCAAUACUGUGUCAACAAGAACGUUUUUUGGAAAAAAACUGUGUAAAAAAAAAUUUCCUACUAUCCCAGCUCAAUUAUUUUUCUUCUGUUCAUUUUGUCCCAUCCCCGUGGAUUUGGUUGAAACUUAAUCUACUUAGUAAUGAGAAAGUCACUGUUUGUCGUUAAAAUAAAAGAGCCACAUGUGCCUUUUGGGUGCGCUUGCCGUCCUCCGAUGAAUUCUGAUGUCUUCCGACAGCACGACGACCGUGGUUCUAGAUCAUCGGCCAAAACGGCCCUUUUUAAACGACAUACCGAGGAAACAUCUUUUGUCAUACAAAGUGCUUGUUUUAACCCUUCAAUCUAGUUGUAGUUCUCCCUUUUCUUUUGCUUUUGUUGUCUGUGUGACUGUAUCGCAGUGGUAAAUUGCAAAUAAUUAAUUUAAAGAUUAUUUUAUGUUAUAAGCAAUUGUAAAUCCGUGUGAGAUUAUCCAAAGAAAGAGAAAUCAUCCUACAAAUCAUGCUUUUGUGCUCCUUUGUACUUUUUAAAUUGUCAUAAUAAAAAAAGUCUUUAGCCCCAA